CACAACAAUUGUUCAGACAUGCAUAAAGGCUAGGGUGAGGGUCCGGUCGACUCACUCUACACUUUUGAAGCAGGAAAGAAGAGGGCAGAGCAGCGAUGGCGUGGUGUGUUAGGUGGUCCUCCUCCUCUUCCAUCGUCGACUUCAACAAGGCCACAUUCUCUCGUGGCCUUCGCUGCCUCUCUCUUGCCCCCCGCCCCUCCAAUCUGCCUCUUCUUCAUCGCAAAGCAAAAACCCCCUUCUCUGUGUCCUACUCCAUGAGCAUCUCAAACACUGCUAGUAAAACUGAGGUUAUUCAAACAGAAAAAGCCCCAAAAGCAGUGGGACCAUAUUCUCAGGGAAUUAAAUCUUAUGACCUCCUUUUCUUGUCUGGGGCAUUGGGGCUUGUUCCUGAGACAGGGAAGCUAAUCUCUGAUGGAAUAGAGGAGCAGACAGAGCAGGCUCUUAAGAAUAUUGGAGAAAUUUUGAGAGCCAGUGGUGCCAGCUAUUCUUCAGUUGUGAAGACAACAGUUUUGCUUGCUGACAUGAAGGACUUCAAGACAGUCAAUGAGAUCUAUGCAAAAUAUUUUCCAGCACCCCAUCCAGCACGUACCUGCUACCAGGCAGCCGUUCUUCCAUUGGAUGCCAAGGUUGAGAUCGAAUGCAUUGCCGCUCUUUAGCUCUAUAGAGAGGUUCCCUUGAUGGCUCUGCUCAAUUGGCACAAGAAAACAGAGGCAUAGUGGGCUCCAAUGUCAUCCUAGAUUUUUAACACUCUGGUAUUUGAGUUACUGGUUCUGUACUUUCUUUCCCAUUAUUACAGCAAUGAAGGUGUAGUGGUGGAGAGACUGCAAGGAGCAAAUGUGGACUAGAGCUGGCCAUUUUUCUAUUUUGUGGGAUAGUGCGAUCUUUCUGGCUCUUAGCAUUAGAUUGUUCUAAACAUAUCGGUUAAGGGAGGUCGGGCUGUCAACCGGUGUUUCCAAAAAAGAAAAUCCAAACCUAAGAACUCCUAUUUCAAUUCAAUUUUGUUAUUUGUCUAUUUUUAAUAUUUUUUGGAUUACCAAUACAGAGCAAUAUAGAAUGGUGAUUUGACAUGGA